AUGAAUUUAUCAACUUACAGUAUUCGAUCAAGAAGCAAACGGACAUGGAGUAAUUCUAGGUAUAUAGAUAAUCAUUACGACUCCAAAUUACAUUCUACGCCAUUUCUACCUUGUGGAUUAAAGUAUGAAAUAUUUACUAACUAGCGAUUCGAAAUAGAUUGUAUAUAGUGACAUUGGAUUGAGUGAGGUUAGAACUAAUUGCACAAAGCUCAAAAAUUUCUAAGAUCUAGAACAACGCAAUAUUUCGGUAAAGGAAAUGAUAACCAAAUAAGCUAACUGGAGACCUUUUAUUGAAUUUUAAGAUAAAUCAGAUGAAAUGGUUGUUACGAUAGAAUAUUGGUAACUAUAAUCUUAUAUUUCAAUAGCACCAAUUGCAAAGAGCAUUAAAGAUCAACUCGACAUAAUGAAGAACAAUACUUAUCCUAUGCAUUACUCAUUAAACAGUCAAUCCUGCUCAACUAUCCAGAUAUUAAAGUGUAUCUGAAACCUUUAGUUUUUGAUAAUGACAAAACUAUCACCUCCCUAUUCCUUCAGAGACGCAUCGGAGCAUUUGAAGUCUAAUUUUAAGCUAAUGGAUAACAAUCCUAAUUAUUUAGCAAGUUACAAACCAAAUCUUGGCCCAAUGUCAAUGAUAUUCUUAAAGCCAUUCAUUAGCAAUUCAAAAAAACAAAUCUACUAAUUUAAUUAGUCUAUAAUGAUGGCGAUACAAAUUUAAAAGGGAUCAAUGUGACUAUGCAAUCACUCCAAAAUAAACAACUUGCAUCAAGUUAACAUUUGCGUCCUCAAAGCAGACUCUCAGAAAAUAGAUCAUGCAAAUCAACUUCACUUCAUAGACAAAGAGCCUUAUCCCAACAAAGCAACAUAGUAAGAUAUAAUGAGAAAUCUGAUUCCUAAGGCAGAGUCUUAUUCUUGAAUCUUCCAAUCGACAGAUAUGAAAUCUCUAUUCAAGAAUCCUCUAAUAAUCUACUAUUCAAUGAAGUAGUCACCUUAUAAGAGCUAGUAAGAACAGAUGGAGCAUAUCAUCAAAUAAAACUGUCAAAACCUAAAUUAGCAUUAUUAAGAGUAGAAGUAGUUGGACCACAACAAUAAACAGAUGUUAUGGUUCCUUUUACAGACACUCAAGUGCAUGUCCUUUAGAAUUAGGAGAGGAUGUUACUUAAGGAAGUCUCUGAUAGCUCAGGAAUUUAUGAAGGAUUUCUUGAUCCAGGCAGAUACACACUUGUAGUAAGUAAAUAUGGCUUUGAAUCUGUUUAACAAUUUGUAGAGUUAAGUGGCGGGAACAAUACCGUCAAAAUUCAAAUUACAACAAGAUGCACUGAAAUCUCCACUCUUCUAAACUAGAAUACUAAUCAAACAUUGAUGAACUCAAGUUUCAUAUCUAAAAAAAAGAAGACUAUUAAACCACCAUAACAAGUCAAUUUAAAAAUACUAUCGCUUCUUGAAGUUGGUUAAAUGUACGUAUUCGACUAUUUUUCAGAGUAAAUUAUUGGCAAGGCCAAAAUUAUUAUUACUGAUUCUAUUUCCAAUAAAAUAAUCACAUGCACAACAAAUAGCUAAGGGCACGCUAAAUUAUUAUUCAAUUACUUAAAUAAAGGAACUAUAAAAGUAGAACAUGAAGAAUUUUAUACACUUGAUAUGACUUAUGGAGUCAAUGAAGAGGUUGAUUUAAAAAGCUCUAGAAACACAUUUAAAUUAAUAAAGAAAACUAAUGUUUUGUCAGUCAUCUCUGACAACAAUAUUGAAAUUUAUUAAAAUAAUUAAAGAAUUCGAAAACAAUAAAAUCAUUCAAACAUAUGUUUUUUUGAAAUUCCCAGUGAUCACCCUUAACUAUUAUAUAUAAUCAUAGAGAAUUAGAAAUUUUAAGAACUACUAUUGAAGGUACUCUUAUCAGAAGAAGUAAUUACAAUCAAAUAGCCUGAUAUCGAUCUCUUAACCUUCCCUUAAUUUUGGAUUUUAGGAAUAUGUGGUAAAUUAGAUUGUCAAUUAUACGUCAUAAAUGAAAUUGUAUCUCAUUUAGAAUUUAGAAACUUUUAUGACGAUUUAGAGAAGCAUAAUUAAAACAUUACAAAAGUAUUUUAAUCAGAAUGCUAUCAAACAUAACAAAAAUUGAUAUGGAAGAAUCAACUUAUUGAUAUUAGCAAAAUACAAAUUGUUGAUGUGUUGCCCAAUUGUGAUGAACAGCCAAUUAUAUUUACACUCCAAAAUGCUAUUAUCGAAUGUAAUUUAAUAUAAUUAGGGUCAUUUUCAUAGGAACAACAAUGUAAUAUAAUAUUGGCUAAUUAACAAGUUAUGUAACAAUAGCCAUUCAAAAAUAAUAAUGCUUAAAUCACAAAAGUACAAAUAAUUCAUAAAGAUAUAUUUAUUUAUUAUGAACAUUGUGCAUUUGUGGCAAUUUAUGAUUCUUCAUUAAAAUAAAAAGGAUAUGCAAAAUUGGACAGUUAUCAUUGUCAAGAUUUUGAAACUAAUCAAUUAGUGUCUGUUGGAUAAUCUCAUUUGACAUUAUAUUAACUAUAGAUAACCUCAAUCAAUGUGUUGUUUUAAUUAAAAAAAUAAUGUAUUAGCCACAACUUAGUGAGAAUAAGCUAAAACGAUUAAGAAUAAUAAAAUUUACUUUUUGGAAGAGAAGAUGGAGUAUUAUCUAUUUACAGUUACAGUUUAUAAGAAGUAGAUCAUCUGAAACUCUCAAUGGAACCUUUGUAAUAAAUAGUUCUUUAGAAAAAUUAAAUAUUGGCCAGGGAUAAUUAGAUCAUUUAUUUACUCGAAUAAGAUGAAGAGAAAAAAUAUAAUGUCAAAAAUUAAAUAUAGAUAUUCAAAAAAUACAUGUAUUUAUAUUUAAUUUGGUAGUUUAUAUUUGAAUCCACAAGAAACUUGUCUGCAAGUUUUAACAAACAGUCAUGUAUUAUAUUAUAAUGAUAUUUCAACACACAGAUAAUAUCAAUAAGAGACUGACCAUUCAAGAUUAAUUCUCAUUGGAUCUACGAAUUCUUAUGUACCAAAAUGCUAUUAUAAAAGUAACUAUGUAAUUGAAUUUUAGAUAGAUAAGAAACAACCUUAAAAUUGGAAAAUGAUAAAUGGUAUGUAGAUUUAUUAAAUGAAAAUGUUAGAUUUGGGUUACAAGUGAAAGGACAUAUUUAAGGAAUUAAAAUAUUAUUACAAUCGAAGUAUUGUGUUACAGAUUUAGGAGAUUACAAGAUCAAGAGAAGCAAAGGUUUAUGGAUGUUUGGAUUCCUUACAUACAAUAACCAAGAACACAAAGUUCAUACAAUUGAAAACCAGUUUUAGGAUGAAUAGCAAUUCUAAUAUGAAAUAUUGGUUGAAACUGAACAUUCUUCAAUAUAAGAUGACAAUCUAUUCAUCUACUCCACUUAGGAGGGGUUCUCAAUUUUGAAUACGAUCACCACUCAGAAGAUUUAAAACUUUUAUUUAGAAACUCCUAUUUCUUUACUUAAGCUAUGUAACAAUACUCUAAUAAUUGGAUUACAAAAUGGAAAGGUGUAAUUGUAUAAGAAGGAAUCCUAAUAAACAUAUUUUAAAUAUCAAGAAUUGCAAAUUAGUGAUAAACACAUUAUUGAUGCUUAGAUUAUGGACUCCUCCUUAUUGAUUUCCACAGAAGAUAAAAAGCUGAUUAUGCUUAGCAUUUCUAAUGAAUACAAAAUUGAAUAUCAAGUAACAAUUAUAUAUAAAUAUGUAGGAAACAUUUGACAAAUCAUAUAUUAACAACAUAAUACUUUACAAUAAGAAUUAACUGGUGACAACUCAAGUAGAUGGAAGAUUAAGAUUAUGGAAGAGAGAAAGAUAGGGGUAAUAAUUUUAAUUAAAUUAAACUCGAACUAUUUAAGCAAUGAAAUAAAUAACUAAAAUAUAAUAAGUUCCCUGGGAAACUUAGAAUGUCUUAGUGGGUGGUGAUACUUUAAUAUUGCUGAAUGCUGAGAAUGGAAAAUAAAUAAAAUAAUACACGAAUGGUAGUGUUCAGUAGAAUAAAAUAGUAUGCAUAUAAUGCAUCUGGAAUAACAUUAUAUUAAGUGGAAAUUCUAAUGGCUAAGUUAUUAAAUAGAAUUAGUACUUUAUUUAUUAAUAUCUAAUAGUGGAAAUGGAGAAUUACUAUAAGUGAUAGUGAUUGAAGAAGGAGUGAAAAAUCUCUUUGUCAACAACCAAUAUUUCUUAAUCCAUAGCAACAAGAAACUAUAUGUAUAAUGA